UAAAACGUUUAACUUAGUAAAUGAAAUAUGUUACAACGGUUAAGUAAAUGCACUUUUAGCUUAAUAAUUUUCGGGCUAACACCAAAACGGGGAAUACAAAUAAAAAGAAAUAAAUCACUUUUACUUCCACGAUAAGCAAGUCAACAACAAAAUGAGCUGCGCGACCGAAAACGACACAACAAUCGCUUAAGAAACUCAAAAAUAUAUACACUUUGACAAAGGCGCCCGCGUUAGUAGUGCAUGUUUGCAAAAUUUUCCCGGACCGCGGGAUUAAAGUUAAUUAAAUUUUUUUUAAAAUUUAAUUAAUGUUUUUAAACUAAUAAUAUUACUGAAUAAGCCUUUAGAAAUUCUGAAUAAUACUGUUUUAGUAAUAAUAUAUGAUAAAGAGUCCAUUCCCAGAUUGUAUCAAAUUACAUAUUUACUCUCUUGUAAUUUAUUUAAGUAAUUAUUUAGUGCAUUUUUAGAUUUUAUUUGCAUAUAUGUAUGUAUACAAUUUUAUAUCAUUUACUCGAGUUUAGAAGCAUAAUAUUGUUAAUUUCAGCGUUUAAGAAUAAACUUACUAGAAAAAAGUUUACCUCAGUGGCAGCCCUUUCCUUUUAUUUAAUCACACACUGGCACCACUCAUUAAACAAAGGCAAAUGUCAUUAAAAACGCGAAUUUGCAUUUUUAGAAUUGUCAAGCAGGAGUUGUAGAAAAAAAGUAAACGUAAACAAUUCGCCUGUCAAAUUGGUUUUCAUAAAAUAAAUAACAGUAAUAUCCAAUUUUGUUUUAUAUAAAUUAAUGUUUCGAAGUUGUUAUUUGUGAAGUCGUUUGCAGAGCAUGUCUCUGCGGUACGUUUGUGUGGAGGUGCGCCAUAACCUGCGUUGUGCCAAUGUAUUCCUCCAGUUUGACCAUAGUCUCACCGAAACGGAAUUCUUAAAAAUUGUUGUAGAAAACGAUGCAUUGACCUUUCGAGAAUACUCCACAGCGACCCGGGUGGCGCUCGGUAAAUUUUUUACCGCGGAAGCACGUACUAUAAGUAACUUGACUGUAGAAGAGUGCAAUGCCAGUUUUCGUUUAACUAUAACCAAUGAACCUGCCCAAGUUACUACAGAUAAUACAGAAAAUCGAAUAGAUAAUAAAAGGAAAAUAUAUAUAACUCCAAAGCCAAAUAUCGAAGAAGGCAGCCAGCACAUAGUUUUGUGCAAGAAUUGCAAAUGUGAACUGAGUACUACACUUCAAUGCCAAAGAGUUCGUGAAUUUCCCUCUGGAUCUAUAGACGUGAACGAAUUUUUUUGUCAUCAUGGACCAAAAUUUGAAGAAGUCUUGGUGCCACAACUUACUGACUUCUUUUAUGGCUUUCAAUUUGUUGUACUUAAUAUGGAGUUGGUACAACAGCAAGUUAAAAUGAAGGAUAAACAUGUUUACUGUCGGCGAUGUUUGCAGUACCUGGGAGAAAAUAUACUCAACGAUAAUGCCAUGAAAUUAUGGAUGGACACAUUACUCUUAAAAUGCCAACAUAACGAUAAGGACGAUACAAUAAUAAGUGUUGUUAACGAAAAAGUCACACCAACAUGUCAGCUUUUACUUAAAAUUAUUGACGAUACAUUAGUUACAGAUGUUGUUGGCGAACCAUUGCUUCAACAGAUGCACUUUUGUAAAGUUUUGCUAGAAGCCACCUUUCCGUGCCGAAAACGUAAAUAUCUGCUUUUACAAGUGCUGGAAAAACAAUUGCAGGUGCUGCGUAACAUGAACCCAUUGGCUCAUGGUAGCCAUAAUAAUAAUAAUGUGCUGCAAGUGCAACUUGAGCAAUGCAAAAGUUUUAAACUACUUUACAGACUGCUAGAUGAAACAGAAGAUGAAGGUGGAGGUGAUGACAAAAUAGGAGACAACGAUAGUGGUGAGACUAACAGUGCCAGUAGUAUUAGCAGCGAUAGCAUACUGUUAAAAAGCUGGAAAGAGGAUAUGUCUAUACAUGUGCUAAAAGUAUCACCGACACUUUUCGGCACACUACUAGAGGAGUUGGACGAAAAUGCUUUAUUGCUUCCUGAAUUGUACCGCUAUACGCACGACCAUUUUCAACUGAGUUAUAUAUUCUAUGUAGAUUAGAGAAAGAAACUUAAAUAAUGACAUGAUAUGUAUAUAGAUAUUUCGUUGUGAUAAACAGUACCACAUAUUGUGUAAUUAGAACGGCCGAUUUAAAUAUCUAUGUGUCAGUAUAUGUAUAUACUUAUAUACUUGUUUAUUUAUGUUCAAGAACUUGCAAUACGCUUACUUGGCUAAGAUUGUAAUUAACAUUUAACUAGUAUGAUUUGUCUUUAAUUUAAAAUCCUAACACAAUCAAGAGGGUAUAAUUUUAGAUGCAACUAUUUAAGACAUUUGAUAAGUUUUACUUUAUAACAUUAAUUGUUUAUAAUUCCCCGAUAUAUUUAAAGGCAAUGAUAUUCGUCGAAAACUAAUGGAAUUCUAAUAAAAAAAAAUUAAUGCUCGAAAAA